AGGUGGGGUGGGGGGGAAAUGAGCUACAAUACCAGAUUAAACAAAAUGAGAAAAAAAUUGUACAUCAGCAUAUCAUGUGACUGCAGUCACCCAAUGGGGCUUGAGUCUUUAGAAGGGAAUGGUUAAAUUCGCAUUUGGGGUUAUGAGAAGCCUUCUGUGGGCCACCACACAACCACAAACCAGAGCGGCGAGCAGUCAUAGCUCUGCUCACACCAGAGAGAGAGAGAGAAAGAGAGAGAGAGAGAGAGAGAGAGAGAGAGAGCGUGUCAAUUUCAGCGUGAAUCACCAGGAUUGCCGAAAACCACAGCGACUCGAGCGCUGGUGCUGCUGCUCCCCUGCACAGAGUGGACGAGGAGGAAGACCAGGCAUUUUUGACAAGAGAGGGACGCCUCUUUCGCCGAAGGAGCUCAACACCUAUGAAGAAACACAUGGCCUCCAACAGCAUCUUUGAGUCCUUUCCAUCGUACCAGACGUGCUUCGUGAGGGAUCCCGCCCCCGGGCGCCGAUUCACGCCCCCAUCGACAACCCUGAGUCCAGGGAAGAUGACAGACGGUCUGCCACUGGGCGCUCAGGAUAGCAGCGCCGCCGCACUGGUGGGCAAGUUGCGCAUCACGGACAGGAGCAUGGUGGAGGUGUUGUCUGAUCACCCCGGAGAGCUGGUGCGCACAGACAGCCCCAACUUUCUGUGCUCCGUUCUGCCCUCCCACUGGCGCUGCAACAAGACUCUGCCUGUUGCCUUCAAGGUGGUGGCCCUUGGUGACAUCCCCGACGGCACGUUGGUGACGGUGAUGGCAGGGAAUGAUGAGAACUAUUCAGCCGAGCUGCGCAAUGCCACCGCCGCCCUCAAAAACCAGGUGGCCCGCUUCAACGACCUGCGCUUCGUCGGCCGUAGCGGCAGAGGGAAGAGCUUCACUCUCACCAUUACGGUCUUCACAAACCCCCCCCAAGUGGCCACCUACCAGCGAGCCAUCAAGAUCACAGUGGACGGGCCGAGGGAACCACGACGACACAGGCAGAAGCUGGAGGAGUCAGUGAAGCCUGGGACUCUGGCGUUCUCAGAGCGACUGAGUGAGCUAGAGCAGCUGAGACGGAGCGCCAUGAGAGUCAGUCCCCACCACCCCUCUGUGUCCAACCCCCGCCCCUCGCUCAACAGCGCCCCCUUCAGCAGCCCCGCACACAGCCAGAUACCCGACUCAAGACAGAUGCAGACGUCACCCACCUGGUCUUACGAGCAGUCCUACCCCUACCUGGGCCAGAUCUCCACACCUGCGGUCCACCCGACCACGCCCAUCUCCCCCAGCAGGGCCAGUGGCAUGUCUGCUCUCUCUGACCUCUCCAGCAGACUCGCAGGUCCUGACCUGACGGCGUUUGGAGACCCGCGCAUGGGCUUGGAACGCCCCUUCUCCUCCCUGCCCUCCCUCCCGGACGGCCGCUUCUCCGACUCGCGCAUGCACUACCCCGCCGGAACCUUCACCUACCCCACCCCCGUCACCAACGCCAUCGGCAUCGGCAUGUCGGCCAUGACGGGCCCCGCGCGCUACCACACCUACCUGCCCCCGCCGUACGCCGGUGGCUCCUCCCAGGGGCAAGCCGGCCCCUUUCAGACCGGCUCCUCCCCCUACCACCUCUACUACAGCACUACUACCGGGUCGUACCAGUUCUCCAUGGUGUCCGGGGGGGAGCGCUCCCCUCCCCGCAUCCUGCCGCCUUGCACCAAUGCCUCCACAGGCUCCGCCCUGCUCAACCCCUCCUUGCCCAAUCAGAGUGACGGGGUGGAAGCAGAGGGCAGCCACAGCAGCUCGCCCACCAACAUGGCAACCGGAGCCGGACGCCUGGAGGAGGUCGUUUGGCGGCCAUAUUGAGGCCCGCCCCACCCCCACCACCAACACACCACUCCUUUUCCCCACACCAUGACAUCCCCCCCCCCCCCACCCAUCAGACUGGACCUGCUCUACUGACGAACUGCGGAUGUGUACACACUCACACACACCUUAAACACUGAAUCCUCUCUGUGUGAGUGGAACUGCUCACUGCCGGAAAAACACCGGAACUGCCUGGGAUGCCGAAGUACACACAAACACACGGCCGAGUUAUUCAUCAACUGUUCCUUGAGAAUUUUUUUUUUUUUUAACGAUUUUAAAAAAUAAUUCAGAAUUAUUGUUAGCGCCGUUUCUGGUUGUUUGUACUGUAUGUCACUGACCGCACCUCUCCUCUGAAUGGAGGAGGAGUGAGAGAACACAGUAACUGUGAGCGCUCUCUGACCGAAGGAGCGCUUCUUCUGGUCUGGCAAACGAGUCAGCGCUGUUCCGCUGGCCCUGCCUGUCGACCGCACGGUCAGCUCAUCCCCUGACCGCCCCGCUCGCCUCUUUCUCCCCUGCAGUGCGGUUACCUCACGCCAGCCGUCUCACACACAGGCUGCGAUGAACAACCCCGACGGGGGCAGGAAGCAAGAUUCUGCCCCGUCCGCAUCACCACUGCCCGACAUUACAUUCAAACUAUUUAUCUUUUAUUUAACCAUCUAAUGUAUUUGAGUCAUGGUCUUUAACUUUGUGUAAUUGUUCACAGGCUUUUUUCAUUGUGUCGUUGGAAGUUCAGACACAGUGGAUUAAUGCAUAUUUGCAACAGUAACCCCCCCCUUCCAAUUUGGCUCAAGACCACCCACUUUAUCUGUACUGUCUCUGUACCAGAUGUGUGCGUGUGUGUGAGAGAGAGAGAGAGAGAGAGAGAGAGUUAGAAAGAGAGAGAGAGAGAGAGAGGUAGAGAGGGGACGUAUGUGACUUUGCGUCACAGAGCACUGUGUAAAUAGCUCUUGGUUGUAAACGUUUGUUUGAUGCCCUCGAUGCCCACCGCACCAUAGUGUGCCACCCCCAUUCCUGAGAAAAUUCAAAGCAAACAGAAAAAAAAACUUUGUUUUAGUUUAGUUCUUUUCUGAAUACAAAUUAUGUUCUUUAGCAGAAA